AUGGAAGGGGGUGACGAGACCUCGGCGGUGGAGGCGGAGCUGGGGCUGAGCCCUCAGAUCUUCAUCAAUGAGGUCCUCAACAUGGUUGAUGAUGUCCGCUUCCAGGCCUUUGAGUACUGCCUCCAGGAAGGCGCCCCCGCGGCCGUUGGCGCCGCCACAGCGACCAAUAAGGCCGAGGAGCUGGAAUGGGGAGUAAAUGCAAUUUGCAACUUGGUAACGGAUGUAUUGAACAAAAGAAUGAACAAUUGGGAGAUGUAUUGCCUUCGGAAAUGUUUAACUGUACCUGAAGGAUUUGUGGCGCCUGAAGAUGAUAAUUCUUCUGCAAUGGUGUUGCAUAAAGAUGGGAAUUCUGAUUCGGAACUGGAUGCAGAACUUAAUUUUUUGAGAAAAAAGUUGGCAGUUGCUAACAUGGAAUCUGAAGAACUUAGAAGAGAAAUUACUUACUUGGAAAGGCAAGCUACAUACAAGAGUAACCUUAAUUCCUCUAUCGCUGAAGUACUGAAGUUGUAUGAAGACAAAUCUGUUCAGGAGAAUAUUCAAGCUUUUGCGAACGCAAUACCAAAAUUGCACCAGAAAAUGAAGGUUAUGAAAAGGAAAAAGGUUGAGGUUGAGCCCAUGGUGGGUCAAAAUGUUUGCAAUGUCAAUUGCCUCAGAGACCAGAAGCGAUUAGCACCGGCCACGGGUAAGGGCUCUACUCCUAGCACCGAGGACGUUCGAGAGGUGAACGCGUCCGUGAAAGGCUUGCGGAAGGAGUAA